CGUCUUUUUUAAUACAAGUUUGAAGUUGUCAAAUGAAAAUUUUUUAAUCAUAAAACAUUAUUUAAAAUAAUUAAGGAAAAUGUCAGACAAUGAUGAUGAUUUUAUGUGUGAUGAAGAAGAAGAUUAUGGUCUAGAAUAUUCAGAAGAUAGUAAUUCGGAACCAGAUGUCGAUUUGGAAAACCAGUAUUAUAAUAGUAAAGCUUUAAAAGAAGAUGAUCCGAAAACAGCUUUGGUAUCAUUUCAAAAAGUGUUGGAUCUCGAAGGUGGUGAAAAAGGUGAAUGGGGUUUUAAAGCAUUAAAACAAAUGAUUAAAAUCAAUUUUAAACUUGGUGAUUAUUCCGAAAUGAUGUCCCGAUAUAAGCAACUAUUAACCUAUAUUAAAAGUGCGGUAACACGAAAUCAUAGCGAAAAAUCGAUCAAUUCAAUAUUAGAUUACAUUUCAACAUCAAAAAAUAUGGAAUUACUUCAAGAUUUUUAUGAAACAACAUUAGAAGCAUUAAAAGAUGCAAAAAAUGAUCGUUUAUGGUUUAAAACUAAUACAAAAUUAGGUAAAUUAUAUUUUGAUCGUGGCGAUUACAAUAAAUUAUCGAAAAUAUUAAAGCAAUUACAUCAAUCGUGUCAAACGGAUGACGGAGAAGAUGAUCUCAAAAAAGGUACACAAUUAUUAGAAAUUUAUGCAUUAGAAAUUCAAAUGUAUACAGCACAAAAGAAUAAUAAAAAAUUGAAAACAUUGUACGAACAAUCUUUACAUAUUAAAUCAGCAAUACCUCAUCCAUUGAUUAUGGGUGUAAUACGUGAAUGCGGUGGUAAAAUGCAUUUACGUGAAGGUGAAUUUGAAAAAGCACAUACGGAUUUCUUUGAAGCAUUCAAAAAUUAUGAUGAAUCCGGUAGUCCGAGACGUACAACAUGUUUAAAAUAUUUAGUACUGGCAAACAUGUUAAUGAAAUCCGGUAUAAAUCCAUUCGAUUCACAAGAAGCGAAACCAUAUAAAAAUGAUCCAGAAAUAUUGGCAAUGACAAAUUUAGUGAUGUCCUAUCAGAAUAAUGAUAUUAAUGAAUUUGAAAAGAUUUUAAAACAAAAUCGUAAAAAUAUUAUGGAUGAUCCAUUCAUUCGUGAACAUAUUGAAGAUCUAUUACGUAAUAUUCGUACACAAGUGCUUAUCAAAUUAAUAAAACCAUAUACACGUAUCCAUAUACCAUUUAUAUCAAAAGAACUGAAUAUUGAUGCAUCUGAAGUCGAAAGUUUACUUGUAUCUUGUAUUUUGGAUAAUACGAUACGAGGACGUAUCGAUCAAGUUAAUCAAUUGCUAGAAUUAGAUAAAAAAUCGGUAUGUGCAGCACGUUAUGUAGCAUUGGAUAAAUGGACGAAUCAAUUAAGUUCAUUACAUUUAGCUGUCACAAAUAAAAUGGCAUGAGACGAUUAAUAAUUAAUUGUAUCGAUUUUUAAAUAAUAGCUUGAAAACUGUCCUUAAUUCAUUGAAAAAUUAUUAAAUAAAAAAAAAACCGUGAAGCUUUCAUCUAAAAUUACGUAUAUACAUUUUUGAUAGUCUUAAUAUGAAUUCUAAAAAUUA